AUGAAUGUUCAGGUUUGUCACUGUGGUUGGACCAAGUGUACAACUUACCAUGGCUUGAGAGUUCACCAGGGAAAGAAGGGAUGCACGCCAAAGGGAAUGAGGAUCCCUGAAAGUGAACAAUUCAGAUUCUCUCAGAAAGUGAAUUAUCUUGGACCUCAAAUCAGAGUACAAGAGCCUUUUGUGGAUGUCUUCAAGAGAUCUGUGGAUUCUGUCUUUGAGACGCCGCGGCGUUCUCAGCAAACCACCGUGAGCUGGUUUAAUGAUUCCAGAGCUCGUCGAGUUCUGGACUUCUCUAUUCAUGGACAGCAGGCAAGACAAGAAAAGAUGAAAGCUGACUUACAACUGGAGAGAGAACAAGAAAGGGAACGGGAGAGAGAAAGGCAGAAACAACUGGAGAGAGAACGGGAGAGAGAACGAAAGCAACAACUGGAGAGAGAACGGGAGAGAGAACGGCAGCAGCAACUGGAGAGAGAACGGGAGAGAGAACGGCAGCAGCAACUGGAGGGAGAAUGGCAGCAACAACUGGAGAGAGAACGGCAGCAGCAACUGGCGAGAGAGAAUGGCAGCAGCAACUGGAGAGAGAACGGCAGCAGCAACUGGAGAGAGAACGGCAGCAGCAACUGGAGAGAGAAUGGCAGAAACAACUGGAGAGAGAAUGGCAGAAACAACUGGAGAGAGAACGGCAGCAGCAACUGGAGAGAGAACGGCAGCAGCAACUGGAGAGAGAACGACAGCAGCAACUGGAGAGAGAACGGCAGCAGCAACUGGAAAGAGAACGGCAGCAGCAACUGGAGAGAGAACGACAGCAGCAACUGGAGAGAGAACGGCAGCAGCAACUGGAGAGAGAACGGCAGCAGCAACUGGAGAGAGAACGGCAGCAGCAACUGGAGAGGGAAUGGCAGAGAGAGAAGGCUCAAAAGCUACAAAAGGCAGGCAUUUGAACUCAUCACAGGCACAGCUCUGUUAGAGCAGCCUCAAGUGGCCAUGAAUGGAACUGCAUAUUUAGGUACCUCAUUGGCAAGACAAGAAAAGAUGAAAGCUGAUUUAUUGCAGAAAAUUGAUAUCAGACAGCACAAGAUGGCUGAAGUCAGAUCAUCGGUAAUAGACUGCAAGGGUAUUUUGAAUGCUGAGUGGCGGGAAAUCAACAAUUUCUUCUCAGACAUGAUCAAAGUUGUGGAGGAUGCUCGGCAGAAAGCCCUUCAGCCUCUGGAGGACAGGAGAUGGAAGGUGAAAAGAGAUGAACAAGAUGUCAUUGCAAAGCUGCAAAGAGAAAUCGAUGUGCUCAAAAAGGCCAUUCAUGAGUCGGACAAAAACCCAGACUUGGAGGUUUCUCCUCUGACAGGCCUGAGUGAUUCUACUGACUGCAAAAUCUUGUGUGUUGACACUUCACUCUCCUUUGGUACCCUGCGAGCUGCGACCUCAGCCAUGAUGAAGCAAAUUCAGCAGGAGAUAGAAAAACUCUCAUCCAUUGAACUCAAGAGGAUUUCUGCAUUUGCAGUGGAUGUGAAGCUGGAUCCAGCUACUGCACACCAGAGCCUCGUUCUUUCUGAUGAUGGGAAAAAAGUGAGAGAUGUUGGGAAGACAGCCAAAGGUCCUGAUUCUCCACAGAGGUUUGAUAUGUUUGGAAGUGUCCUGGGGCUCAACAGGUUGACCUCCGGGAGGGCAUACUGGGAGGUGGAGGUCAGCAAAAAGACCGGGUGGGAUAUGGGCGUGGCACGACGUGAUGCUAACCGCAAGGGGAUACUCUCGCUGAACCCUGAUAACGGUUACUGGGUUGUUGUACAUUAUGAAGACAAAAAAUAUGCAGCCCUGACAGCACCACCCAUGAGCCUUUCACUGAAAGAGAAACCUCAGAAGGUCGGGGUGUUUGUAGAUUAUGAGGAAGGUCUCGUGUCCUUUUACGAUGUGACGUCUCAGUCUCACAUCUUCUCAUUCACUGAGUGCUUGUUCGGUGGUGAGAUCCUCCCGUACUUCAGUCCACAUCUGAAACAAAAUGAGAAAAACACUGAUCCUUUGAUCAUCUCUGCUGUGCUAAAGCACUCCUAA